UUUAUGAUAAAUCCGAUGGAUUCAAUCCGAUUGAUAACUUACAGUGCAACAUUUUUGGUAGGGACGGCACUAAUUGGCGGUUCCAUCCACUUUUUCCGAUGUAAUAGUGCAGACAGUUUAAAAUAUCCGAAUGGAUCAGUUCUCGGCUACUAUUGCCCAGUCGUCAACGAGUCUGCUGCAGCCGCAAUUAUAGAAGAAAUUGAAAAACAAGACAAAUAUUACGACGAAAAAGAUGACGCCGUUCCUGACACGUUUCUUCGUUUAGGUAAACAUGACGUGUAUAUGGAUCAAAUAACGCUAUCUGGCUUUUCUUCUGGAGCGACGUUUGCUCAGCAAAUGUUCAUCUCACACUCGGCUUUGUUCACAGGAAUAGCGUCAUUUUCUCAUGCAUACUACCGAUGUGGACCCGGAAACGGGAGGGAGGCAGAUUAUGACAAUGCCUGCACAACAAUUGGAACCAAUCAAAGUUAUAAUCUUGACAAUGCUCUUGACGAUAUUCGAUCUUAUGAGCAGAGGAGACUUAUCGACAGCACGGGGAAUUUGAGAAACAAAAAAUUAUAUGUUUAUGCAGGAGCUAGAAGCCAGAUAUUUAGUCUUGAUCAAAGCUUGGGUGCUGUAAGCAUUUUUGAACCAUUUAUAAAGAGUUCAAAAUAUAUUAAGACCGUCGUUCAAGAUGCGACUCAAUUGCUGCCCAGCGACAAAUUUGGUGCACCUUGUACAAUGUCCGCGGAACAGAAUUUCUUUAUUGGAAAUUGUGGAUUUUCUGGAGCUGCAGAUUCGUUGAGUUUCCUUCUUGGAGACGCUAUUCGACAACCAGGACACAGUACAAGAGCAAGACAUCAGCAACUCCUUACUUUCGACCAAACCGAAUUCUUUUACGGCUACAAUGGUCCAGAAUACAUGGAUUCCAAAGGAUUCAUUUACGUGCCAAGACAUUGUCACAGGCAGCGAUGCUAUUUGCAUUUUUACUUCCAUGGUUGUCUUUCUGGAAGAGAGUUCAAUGGGACUGAUCACAUAGUUAACUCUGGGUUCUUAGAAGUCGCCGAAGCAAAUAAUCUCAUCGUUGUCUUUCCCCAAGCUUGGAGCAGCAUGCCCGAAAACAUGAUUGGGUGUUGGGACACGUAUGGAUUGACAUCAAGCUUAUAUGCCACGAGACAAGGUCCGCAGAUCACCGUGAUCAGAAAUAUGCUUUCAAGACUUUUAGGAAUGGACAAUGAAGUGCCUGAUGUGCCUGAUCACGCUGUCAAAAUACGAGAACGAGAACCACUCGGAAUUGAGUUUGAAAUUGUUAAGGGACGAGAAGUAUACUUGAGAUAACAUGAAAGAGCUUAUCCUAUAUGAUGUAAAUUUUGUGUCAUUAAUUAAUGUUUGCCAGUCAAUUUAGUCUACAAUAAUACAUUUUAGAGCUUGCAUCAAAUACACAAAUGUAAAAAUUAAUAAAUAAGAAAAGAAGUA